ACAAAGGAAACUGAGAUUUUCUUUUUUCAACCAAGAAAAUAACAAAAUAAUAAUUACAAAAGAAAGAUGGCGACCGUGAGCGAUUCCCCGUCUUCUUCAACAACGUGGACCGAUCCCUACAAGGAAUUCGAACUCUACCUGGAAAAGGCUAACGAGGAGAUUGGUGCCGUUUUUCAUCAGCUGGAAGUGACGGCGAAGAGAGCGGCCCGAAAGGCUUGUCAGGCGAACGUCAUCGUUGCACCACCGCCUGCGCCCGUCCGUCGUGCCGCCGCUGUUCACCAUCACGCGCCGCUACCGGCCAACAAGGCCGGCAUCCAUUACAGCCAGCGGCGUCGCGCCGGCCUGCGCGUCAGCGAGGAUUAUUACGUCGGUGACUUGGCCGCCACGGACGGACCGAGUCGGCAAUCGCGUCUCAACAACCAGUGGAACCGCAAACUGCAACAACAACAACAACAACAACAACAGGAGCAACAACAGCAACAGCAACAACAUCCGUCGCUGGCCAAAGGCAGGAGGCGGUGGGAUGCGGCCGAACUGCAGCGGCGCAUCUCUUGUCCGGGAUUUGGGCAGGUCAACGAGCGUUGCGGCUUUGCCGACGGCGACGGCGACGGUGACGACGACGACGACGACGACGACGAUUGGCUGCAGCAGCGAGGCAAGAUCGAGGCGGUCGGCUUGAUGCCGACGGCAACGCUGUCCGACGUGGGCGAUGUCGACGUCCAUCGCAAGAAGAAGAAGCAACAGCAGGCCAACAACCCGAGACGCUCGCUGCGUCGCUAUCUGACGGCCGAUUCGGCCCUGCAGCUGACGGACAACGGCCGGAUAGCCCGGCACGAGCAACAGCAACCGGUGCACACGCACCACCAAUCGCCUUACCAUCCGCAAGCCAUCCAGCUGUGGACGACGAGUCUGAUGGCCGAAUUCAACCACAUCAUCGACGGAGAGCUGCAACGGCUGGCCAACGACCAGCGCGGCGGCCACGUGCAGCCAGCCGGCAAGGCCAAGCGGGCCGCGUCGUCUGCUUCGCUGAUGGAGACGGCGGGCCCGGCCGCCGUCGAACUGAGCCCCUGGGCGCGCGUCCAAUUGGCGCUGAUUGAUCCUUCGCUGGCCGUCUCGGUCAACGGCGUGACGUCGUCGUCGUCGUCGCCGCCAGGCCCGCCAGGCCCGUCUGCCGCGCCGGCCAGAGGGCACGCUGUCGUCGCCUCGUCCAUCCAGCAGCUGUCGGCCGACAUCGAUCUAGUCGAGCGUCAAAUCUUUGACGAUUUGGACGACUUGACGCUGACGUUGAACAGCAGCCAAUCGCCCGAACUGCUGGCCAGCUGCUCCAGUUGCAGCGGCGAAUGGGACAAUCACAACGAAGACGACGAAGACGACGAAGACGAAGCCGAAGCCGAAGCCGAAGCCACGGCACACCCAAUCGCACCGGUGCAUUGCCCGUCCGAACCAACGACAGCCGAUGAAACGCCCGUCCACAUUUCCAGUCCGUUGUUGAGACCGCACGAGUUGCAGGAUUUCUUGCGCAGGGUGGAGGACAGCACCCGCAUCAGCAUCACGGCGCUGGAUGGCGGCCGUUUUCGGCACGACGACGCAAGUGACGGAGCGACGACGUCACCCGCCGCCUUCCCAUCACCUCCACCACCUACACCACCUCCACUGGCGUCACUGGCGGCAGGCGGAGUCGGCUGCCAGCUGGACAAUGACGUCAACAACGCAACGGCCGCGUUCCAGUGUCACCAUCGACACCAGCUGGAGGCUAUGAACGCCAGCAGAAGCGAAACGCCGCCGCCGACGUUUGACAACGCUGGAACGCAAACGUCACCCAUGUCUUUAUCGCGCAGCUCCAGUUUCCUGUGGGUCUCCGAUUGCAACUGCAGCGGCAGCCUGGAGGACAACGCCAGCGUGACGGGAGUCAACGGCCAUCCGUUGACCUCCUGUUCGGCCCCGGCUUCCGGCCAGGCGCAUUCCGAGGCCGGCUCGUCGAGCAUCAGCCGCGUCGUCCACAUGGACACGUCGCUCUCGUCGUUGGUCUCGGACUCGAGCGCCGCCGGCCGUUGCGCCUCCGACAACAGGCGGAAGCGGAUGCUCCGCACGCCCGACAGCGGCGCAGCCAACGACGUCGAAGAGGACGAGGACGAGGACGACGACGAGGACGAGGACGACGACGACGACGACGACGACGACGAUGAUGAUGGAAGUAGCGUGUCCCUUUCGCACUCGAUCGAUGGCGGUGUAGGUGGAGGCGGAGGAGCCGAAUCUGGAAUCGGAACGGGUUCGCCUCCGCCUCGCGACAGACGCAGGCGGCCCGUCGCCGUUGGAGAUCGUCCGGACGUCAGCGUGCAGACGAUGCCGAUGAAUCGAGCCGAGUCGGACGAGUCGUCGGAUUUGGCCGUGGGCGAUGACGAAGUCUCGCCGCUGGACACGUCGGCCUCCUCGCUGACGGACUCUUCGCCCUCGUCGGACGAGGGCGGGCAGUCGUCGACGGCUGCGGCUGCGGCGGCGGCCAAGAAACGCGACAAGGUGCGACGCCACGAGACUUGGGAGAAGAUCCGGCGGAGGCAUUCUUGCAAGCGCGUCCAGUCGCGCACGUCGCGCAACGCAAGCGCCAAAGACAAGGCGGAAGUGGUGUGGAUCCGGCGGGGGCAGAGCGAAACGCCUCCGCCGCUUGCCGUGCCAGCGCACGUGGCCGUGCCCGCCGUCGGUUCGGCGCCCGUCUCGACGACGCUGACCGACGCCAAUUUGACGUCGCUGCUGGAACCGCCCAAGGUCCUGCACAAACCUCCGGUGGUCGUCGUCCAGUCGGUGAUGCCCAGACCGAGACCCCGUCCUUUGCUUUUCAAAUUUCCCGCCUCGGAAUCGACGACGACGACGACGACGACGACGACGGGCUGCGCAUCGGCCGAAUCGACGCCGACGGCCGUCAAAUUAGCGCUGCAAUCGGUUUUGGCCAUGGAAUUGUCGCCAGCAUCCGAACGCGGCGGUGGCAACAGCAACAACAACAAGAACAACAACAAGAACAACAAGUCAUCGCCGAGCGCCGGUUUCCUCGUGCCGAGCGCCGUCGGCGGAGCAACAAAGAAACGCCAUCUGAAACCGAUUUCGGCGUCGUCGACGCCCACCGAGCCCUACGUCACUCUGGAGAGUGGCCUGGCAGCAGCACGUUCUCACUCGGAAUCCGCUUUUGCCGAAUUGGAAGCGACCGAAGCGUGUCGUUGGUUGAGAGCCACCGGUUUCCCCCAAUACGCCCAGAUGUACGAAGAUUGGCAGUUUCCCUUGGAUCUGAACGUUGUGGAGCGCGAUCAUCCGUUCCUGGAUGUCGAUUCGCUUCAGGCUCUCUUCCGCCGACUGGCCACUCUGAAUCGCAUGGCCAAAUUGCGCAGCGAAAAGGCUCGCAUCCGCCCGCAGGGCGGCGAUGAAUCAGAAGAUGAAGAUCAAGAAUGCGCCCUGUCGGACCAGUGGACCUUUCAGCGCCAUUCGCGCCGCUGGUCGAGAAUCGUCGAUCUGCCCGACGAUCCGACCGGAUUGCAGGCGCUCAUUGCCGCCGGAUCGGCCAACUCGGCCUCCACCUUGCCGUCCGGAGGGGGCGGAGGACAGCCAACGACGAUCGAAGAAGACGAUCCAGACGCCGGGAUGAGACCGGCCAAUUCGGCCACGACGCUGGCGGACGAGUCGGGCAACGCGAGCGAUCGGGCCCUCCAUUGCGAUCCAGUCAUUCUGGGCAGCUUCCGGCGCAGUUCCAGCGAGCGCUUGAAACACGGAGCCAAGUCGCUGCUCAGGCGCAUGGAAAGCCUGCGCUCGCGGAGUCGCCGGAGUCGGCCAGCGCUGGUCCGACCGGCCGACGGCAAUUUGGUCAUCAGCGGGCCGCAGCUGGUCGACGCGUCCGGCAUGGAGGACCGCAUGAAGGACCUGCAUUGCGUCGACCUCAGCCCGCCGGACUCUUCGGCUUCGCCGACGAGCAGCACCCCGUCGCCCGACCUGAACCGCACCGUGGCCAAGGGCCAGCAGCAGUUGGUGGCCAACAGUCAGGACGCGUCGUCCUCUUCGAUCGUCAGCGCGACGACGGCCAGCGCUGCGUCGACGCCGACGCCGACGGUGGAAGUGGCCGCCGCCGCCGCCGCCACACCCAGUCCGGCGGGCAGCAUGAAAAUCAAGCGCGGAUUCUUCCAGCGCAGGAGUUUCAGGCCGUCGGCUUCGCUGUCCAAAUCGAGCGGAUCGGCCGCCCAGUCGGCCGCCGACAGCGAGCACAAAGAUGCCCAUUCCGAUUCGGAGUGCAGCCCGAGCUAUUGGCGCCGAUCGGCCUCCUCGUCCAAAGACGCCAACAGCAACGAGACGUCGACGACGACGACGACGACGACGACGACGACGACGACGGCGACGGCCUGGAACAGUUUGGAGCAGUCGUUGCGCUGGAAGAGCAAGAAAUCGCGCGAUCCCAUUCCGGCCGACAUGUGGAGGGCCAGCACGGUCCCACCGCUUUCGGACACGACGCCGACGCACAUGUUGCAGCAGCGCGGCAAAUUGUACCUCAACUUCAGCAAGCCGUCCGUCCCCGUUGGCAAGAAUGCCAAUGCGUCGUGUCUGAUGCCUUCGCCGGACGAGGAGCCGCUCGACUUGGUGUCGACGCCCAUCGUCGUCGGCCGAUCGCUGCCGGCCGAAACGCCGACGCCGUGCGGAUCGCUGCGAGACGCCGAACGAAUGGUCGAAUCGUUUGGCUUGCAAAACGAUUCGGCCAGCACCGGAACUGGGACCAGCGGUUCGCACAUCGACAGCGAUUACAGCCCGGCCGCACCUGGACGGAAUCCCGUGGUGGCCGUCCGCUGGCACAGCUUCCGCCGCUCGUCGUCUUCGACAUCGUCAGCCACUUUGAAUAGCCAGCCGAUCGCCAUCGGAUCGCUGCCCGUCGGCCAGUUUGCUUUGCUACGUAAAUUGGCUUUGCUGCGAUUGACUGCCCUCCUCGAACGCCACACCUCGUCCAGCAAGCCGUCCUGGGGUUGGGACCUGCCCAAAUUCAUGCGCAAGACCAAGUCUCCCGAUUAUAAAGAUAAGAGCAUGUUUGGCGUCCCGCUUUCCGUCACGGUGCAGCGGACGGGCGAAGCUCUUCCUAAGCCCGUCUUAGCGGCCAUGCAUUACUUGCGCCAGUCGGCCUUGGAUCAAGUCGGUCUCUUCCGCAAAUCGGGUGUCCGUUCGCGUAUCGCCAAGUUGAAGGAAUUGUGCGAGGCGUGGGCGUGGCAAUGCUCGGGCCCGAGCGGCUGCUACGGCCACGACCAACCGGUCGACUUUAGCGAGCACCAGCCCUACGACGUGGCCGACAUGGUCAAGCAGUACUUCCGCGAAUUGCCCGAAGCGCUCAUGACCAACAAGCUUUCCGAGACGUUUGUCACCAUUUUCCAAGUGGUUCCGGCGAAUCAGCGACUGGACGCGUUGCGUUGCGCCCUGCUCCUCUUGCCAGACGAGCACCGGGAAGCGUUGCAAACGUUCCUGGCCUUUUUGACGGAUGUGGCCGCCUUGGCCUCCAUCAAUCAAAUGACGCCAAGCAACUUGGCCGUUUGCCUGGCUCCAUCGCUCUUCCACUUGCCGGCCACGUCAGCUUCGUCCUCUUCGUCUUCGUCCUCCUCUUCGUCGCACAAUCGGUCGGCCGUCGGUGGCGGUGGAGGCACGUCGAGCGCCACCAGCAAUGGCGGAAUAGGAGGCGGGGUAGGAGGGGCUGCAUCGGGAAAUGGCAACAACGUGAUGAACAGUAACGCAUCGUCGCCUCGACGUCGCAAGACGGUCGGCGUGCCCGAUCAGAGAGAAUUGAGCCAAAAUAAAGCCGCCCAUGAAUGCCUCCUCCAGAUGAUUAACGACUUCCGGCAUCUAUUCACUGUUCCGGAUGACAUUUUCCGCCAGUGUCGAUGCAAUUACUUGGAAGACAGUGUACCCGUCACGCUGGAUGAUCUUCGCACCGUAGAGUUUGGAGACUGGCAAGCUUACAUGAACGGAUGCAUGGCUGCACUUCUUAAAGAAGCCAAAGACAAGUCGCGAGGCUGGGAGACGAGUAGCAACGACGUACGCGUCGAUGUCGCCUGGAAGAAAGUGGGUGACGGCCACGCGUUGAGACUGUGGAGGGUCUCGGCCGAGAUCGAAGCGCCACCUGGCGAAUUGCUCAACCGAGUCCUCCGUGAAAGACACCUGUGGGACACUUCGCUCGUCAAAUGGCGAUCCGUCGUCCGUUUGGACAAGAAGUCGGACGUGUUUCACUACACGUCCACUUCGGAGGUGCCGCCCGUAUCGCGAGACGUCACUCUUUUGCGUUCGUGGCGCACCGACCUUCCCAGAGGCGCCUGUUUGGUGGCCGAGAUGAGCAUCGAUCAUUCAGACACGCCCAUCACUUCCGGCACUGUUCGCAGCAUCGUCUUGGCUUCGCGCUACCUCAUCCAGCCGUGUGGCGCCGGAAAAUGCCGUCUCGUCCACCUCUCUCGCGUCGACAUCAUGGGUCGAUCGCCAGAUUGGUAUAACAAACAUUACGGCCAUAUAACUGCCCUUCACAUGGCCAGAAUUCGCGAUUCGUUCUCGCAACACCUGGUGGCUGACGGGCCUGAAAGCAAAGUCUGAUUAUUUUUUUUUUUUUUUCCAAAUAUAAAGAAGAGCAAAUGUAUACGGAUUUAUUAAUGCUGGGGGGGGGGAGGUCGCCCGAAUGACUAACAGACAAACACAAAGUUCGGCCAUUUGCCGAGUCGUUUUAGUACAGAAAUAAACACGUGCGUUUAUUCUUGACCUCUUGUAUGGCAGCAAACCUUGUAAUAACACGAGAACGAUGCAUUUCAACCAUCAUCCGACCAAAUGUGCACAAUCUGUUUGUUCAACCAAAUGCGUUCACAACAUUUUUAUUUCUUUUUUUUUUUUUUUUUUUUUUUUUUUUUGUUUGUUUGCCUCUUUUGCCUCCCCCGCCCCCCCCCCCCCAGGCUUGAAAAAGCAGAAACGCGUUGCACAUUAUCUUUUAUGUAUAACCUAGUCAUGCCGCGCAAUUUCCCCAUGUUUCGAUUAUCUUUUAUUGACUAACCGAGACAGACAAGUUCAUCACUGUUUGAUUUAUCCAGAAUUUGUACAAUUUCCUUUUAUCCGUGUCUUUGAUUGUUUUUAACUAGAAAACUAGCUCCCUUUUGUCUGUGAUUUUUUUAUCUUCUUAGCUUUGCCACCGUUUCAUGUUUCAUUUUGCCACGUGUUGAGAAUCCCUCUUCUACCCCUAAAACCAACUUUUUUGUAUUGGAAUUGUUGUGGGGCUUGUCGAGCCGUUUGGCUGAGUAAAUCAGUGCCGUGAUUUACGAAUCCGAAUUUAUAAAACGUGCAUAAUAGUUGUCUCUUUUCUUUUUUUUGUGUGUUGUUGUAUAGAAAGGUGAAGAUGAAUUUUCAAGAUACCAAUUUGCUGUGGGGGCUUAUCAGAUUGAACCGCAUAACACACAGAUAUAUAUACAGGCACAUAUAUUGCGUGUACAGUUUGACGAAAUGAGUAAAAAAAAAAAAAAACUAUUUGUGCUGUCCCUAAUAAAGUGUCUAGCAAUGAA